UUGCCGUAGGCGCGGCAACACAGUCACAGCGGCGGGACAGCGGUAUAUGUCCGCGGUGGAUUAUGCAGCCCAAUUUUAAUUGAAGCUGUUUACACUGCACGUCAACUAGUGUCAAUUUAUUCAGAAGAGGGGGAAAAAAAGCCUGGGUUUGAUUACAAGCCCGAGUGUUUGGUAGACAAUACUGUUGACGCCGGUUAGCUUUGUUGUGGUAGUGUUGCUUUCAAAGCAUUCCCCGGGAAACUGUGUCAUAUACGUUUAGCCUCGUUGUAGCGCCCCAGCAACAAUGGCGAAGGUGCAGGUGCUGAAUGUGGCGGUUCUGGAUAACCCGAGUCCCUUUGGGAACCCCUUCCAGUUCGAAAUAACGUUCGAGUGCAUGGAGGACCUCCCCGAAGACCUGGAGUGGAAGAUCAUCUAUGUCGGCUCAGCCGAGAGUGAAGAAUAUGACCAAAUCCUUGACUCAGUACUGGUGGGCCCCGUACCUGCUGGGAGGCAUAUGUUUGUAUUUCAGGCUGAUGCCCCAAACACUGGACUGAUCCCUGAAAGUGAUGCUGUUGGUGUAACUGUGGUGCUGAUUACCUGCACAUAUCGUGGCCAGGAGUUCAUUCGCAUUGGUUACUAUGUGAACAAUGAAUACACGGAUCCUGAGCUUCGUGAAAAUCCACCAAUCAAGCCAGACUACACACAGCUUCAGAGAAAUAUUCUGGCAUCAAACCCACGUGUUACCAGGUUCCAUAUAAACUGGGAAGGCUGUGCAGAGCGAAUGGAAGACUCUGAAAAUGUGGAUCCCACGUCAAACUCUAUGCUCCCUCCAUCCUGUCUCCCAGGCAAGGCCCCACCCUUGGGGAUACUACCAGAUAACUCCAUGGACUGCUUAUAGAAAAUACCCGGAAGACGUAGCAAUGACCUGAAAGGUGAUCAAUCGCGGCAUGAGACUUUAUUAAUGAAGAAUGCCUGUGGACAUUCUAGUGUGGAUGUACAAACAUCUUCGCCUUACAGCUGCACUUAUUUUACUGAGGCUUGUUGUCACAAAGGGAACUCUCCCCUUGGCCGUGAGAUGAGUGUUUGUUUCCGAGGAAGAUUACAGGAAUCUCAAUGGAAUAAUCACCAAUAGCUGGGGAGUUCAUUGCCACAAUUGUGAAAGCAAUAUUGAAAUAGUUAAACUCAUGGAAGGGAAAACAGCAGCUCUGAAAUAAUGUUGCUGAGCUGAAAGGGAGGAGUAAGCUGUGGUGUGAUUCUCCUUCGUUCCCUUUUUGUUGGUGCAAAAUGGAUUUGUACCCAUUUAAGGAAUUUCAGCACUGAAGCAAUAGGCAAAUGCAUUGCAAUAUGUUGCUGUACAAGAAUGGCAAAAAUCUGCCAUUAUAUUCGUGUUCAAAUUCCUUAUGCACUUAAACCCUUUCCUACUUAGAUUGUGGUGUUUUGUAUAGGCUGCAUCACUUCAGGUUUUUUUUCAGUUUGCCAUUUUCUGUUCCAAAUAAAAGAACAUUGUAUUUGUUA